AUUACCUCUCAGCACUUCAACCUCAAGCAAACAAGCAACACACAUGGAGAACUAUCACCGGCGCCCAAAGGCCUCAAAGUCCAAGUUUGAGAACGACGACGACUCGACCUCUAACACCACGGGCAUCUCAAAAACGACCACACAGCAUCACAACCGUCCUCAGCAGCACGGUGUCAUGGUCAUCUCUCCCAACGGCAAGAUUCGCACCUACGUUACCCGCGCACUCGAGAUAUUGGUCGAGGCUGACGCUUCAGACACUCAACAGGACUUUGAUCCAGAAAGCAAUAACCAGAAAAAGAGCGAGAAAGGCAAAUCAAAACCAUCGAGUAUACCAGCGCAAAGCACGAAACCCGCCGCAUCCGCAUCCUCCGGACCCUCAAUACCCUCCACCUCAAACCCCACACCCACACCCACAUCCAUCUCCUCUCAUCUCUCAAAACCCUCCUCCACUCAGGGCGUCCUAACCAUCAAAGCCCAAGGUCGUUCCAUCACCAAGGCUGUUACCGUUGCUGAGAUCCUAAAGCGUCGCAUGGAAGGUUCACUUCACCAAUUCACGGAGAUCGGACAGGUCACUGAACAAGAGAUCUGGGAUCCUAAUCCCGACAAGCCCAAUCUCGACCCAAUUACCGUAUCCAGACAUAGACCCACCAUCCGGAUUCGACUUUCGAAAUAUUUGGAGGUCCAUGCGACUGCUGGAACAGGACUCACAGGCGUCGACUCAACUAUGCCAGGAGCUUCGAUCCCUAGAGACGAGCAUACAGAUGAUGAUGACGAUGAUGAUCAUAAUGAUGGUGAUGAGAACGGUGAUGGCGGAGGAGAGGCAUGGCCGGGCGCUAUCUUGGAUAGAGAUGCGGCUGCAAGGAGGUUUGUUGGAUAUCAGGCUCCAACGGGCAACGACAUUUACUUGUAAAAUAAAGACUUUUUUUUUUUUUUUUUUUUUUUU